CGACAACGGGAUCUCUUGUUCAGUAGAUCACCAGCCUUUCUCCGACGUUUAUUACGAAUUUUUUCGGUGACUCGGUGACAACUACAACACAUUGCGUGCUGCUCUGCUGUGCUGUGUGUCCGUGGAGAUUUUCAUCUGAAAUUCAAAUCAUUUAAAUUUAAAAAACAAAUAUCAAUAUUUAUUCAUUAAGCGCGCCUAUCGCGUAACGAGCCAAUCCAUCAAUAACUGAUUAAGCAAGAAAAAAAAAAUAAGAAAAAAUGUCAUCAUCGCAAGCUGUACGCUCCUCGAAAUACUCCUACCGGGCCACUUCGACCGGACCCGGUGGUGCCGAUGUUAACAUCGAAUACAUCACCGACAUGAGCAACCUCUCCCGCUUGGAGGACAAGAUCCGUUUGCUCCAAGAUGAUCUUGAAGUUGAACGUGAAUUGCGUCAAAGGAUCGAGCGCGAGAAAGCUGAUCUCAGCGUGCAGGUCAUUCAAAUGUCCGAGCGUCUUGAGGAAGCCGAGGGUGGUGCUGAACAUCAAUUUGAAGCCAAUCGCAAGCGUGAUGCUGAGCUCUUGAAGCUGCGCAAAUUGCUUGAGGAUGUUCAUCUUGAAUCUGAGGAGACCACCUUGCUUUUGAAGAAAAAGCACAACGAAAUUAUUACGGAUUUCCAAGAACAAAUUGAAAUCCUGACGAAAAAUCGGUCUAGAGCCGAAAAGGAUAAGGCCAAAUUCCAGGCCGAAGUCUACGAGCUGCUCUCCCAAAUCGAAUCUUACAACAAGGAGAAGCUUAGCUCGCAGAAACACAUCGAAAGAUUGGAAAUCUCCAUCACCGAGCUGAAUGUGAAAAUCGAGGAGCUGAACCGCACCGUUAUCGAUAUUACUUCGCAUAAAUCUCGCCUCUCGCAGGAGAACAUUGUGCUGAUCAAGGACGUCCAAGAUCUCAAAUCCCAAUUGGACACAGUCUCGUUUUCCAAGAGCCAGGUCAUCUCCCAGCUGGAAGAUGCUCGCCGCCGUUUGGAAGACGAAGACCGUCGUCGUUCAAUGCUCGAAUCUUCAUUGCAUCAAGUUGAGACCGAAUUGGAUUCGAUUCGUCUUCAACUCGAGGAAGAGUCCGAAGCUCGCAUUGACUUGGAACGUCAGUUGGUCAAAGCCAAUGCUGAUGCCACUUCAUGGCAGAACAAAUGGAAUGCCGAAGUGGCAGCACGUGCUGAAGAGGUUGAGGAUAUUCGUCGCAAGUACCAGGUCCGCAUCACCGAACUGGAGGAGCACAUCGAGACAUUGAUUGUGAAGGUCAACAACUUGGAGAAGACAAAGACCCGCCUGGCCAGCGAAGUCGAAGUCCUGAUCAUCGACUUGGAGAAGUCCAACAACACCAGCCGGGAAUUGCAGAAGGCUGUCAACACCCUCGAGAAGCACAACGUUGAGCUCAAGAGCCGUCUGGAUGAGACCAUCGUACUGUACGAGACCAGCCAGCGUGAUCUGAAGAACAAGCAGGCCGAUUUGGUACGCACCGUGCACGAACUGGACAAGGUUAAGGAUGCCAACAACCAGUUCGCUCGCGAGAACAAGAAGUUGGGCGAUGACUUGCACGACGCCAAGGGUGCUAUCAACGAUUUGAACCGUCGUCUCCAUGAACUCGAAUUGGAGUUGCGUCGUCUGGAGAACGAACGUGAUGAACUGACUGCCGCCUACAAGGAGGCUGAGGCUGCUCGCAAGGCUGAGGAACUGCGCGGCCAGCGUCUUGCUGCCGACUUCAACCAAUUCCGCCACGAUGCUGAGCGUCGCCUGUCCGAGAAGGAUGAGGAAAUCGAGGCCAUUCGCAAGCAGACUUCGAUCGAAAUCGAGCAGCUGAAUGCACGCGUCAUUGAGGCCGAGACCCGUCUGAAGACCGAGGUUACUCGCAUCAAGAAGAAGCUGCAGAUCCAGAUCACCGAGCUGGAGAUGUCGCUGGAUGUGGCCAACAAGACCAACAUCGAUCUGCAGAAGAUCAUCAAGAAGCAGUCUCUGCAGUUGACCGAAUUGCAGGCCCACUACGAGGAUGUCCAACGCCAGUUGCAGGCCACUUUGGAUCAGUACGCGGUUGCCCAGCGUCGUCUGGCCGGCUUGAAUGGUGAGCUCGAGGAGGUGCGUUCGCAUCUGGAGAGCGCCAAUCGUGCCAAGCGCACUGUGGAGCUCCAGUAUGAGGAGGCCCAGACUCGCAUCAAUGACCUGAGCACUGCCAAUGUCUCGCUGGUCUCGCUGAAGUCGAAGUUGGAACAGGAAUUGAGCGUUGUUGCCUCCGACUACGAGGAAGUGUCCAAGGAGUUGCGCAUCAGCGAUGAGCGUUACCAGAAGGUGUCGGUUGAGCUGAAGCAUGUUGUGGAGCAGGUGCAUGAGGAGCAGGAGCGCAUUGUCAAGCUGGAGACCAUCAAGAAGUCUUUGGAAGUCGAAGUCAAGAACUUGUCCAUUCGUCUUGAGGAAGUCGAACUGAACGCCGUUGCCGGCAGCAAGCGCAUCAUCAGCAAGCUGGAGGCCCGCAUUCGCGAUUUGGAACUGGAACUUGAGGAGGAGAAGCGUCGCCAUGCCGAGACCAUCAAGAUCUUGCGCAAGAAGGAGCGCACCGUCAAGGAGGUGAUUGUCCAAUGCGAGGAGGACCAGAAGAACAUCAUCUUGUUGCAGGAUGCCCUCGACAAGUCCACUGCCAAGAUCAAUGCCUACAGACGUCAACUGUCCGAGCAGGAGGGUGUCUCCCAGCAGACCGUAACACGUGUGCGCCGCUUCCAGCGCGAACUCGAAGCUGCCGAAGAUCGCGCCGACUGUGCUGAAUCCAAUUUGAAUCUGAUCCGCGCCAAGCACCGCACAUUCGUUACCACCUCGACCGUGCCCGGAUCCCAGGUGUACAUUCAGGAGACAACAAGAACGAUCACCGAAUAAACUAUUAAAGAUAACAAAUCAAUAUCAUUUUUAAAUUUAACAAAAAGCCAACAACAACAUCAAGAACAACAAGAACAAACAGCAGAAAUGCAGAAAUGCAAAAAUUUGAGCAGCAAGAAAAUUUUGCGUGAGAAUUUUUUAUAAUUUAAAUUUUUUUGUGCAACGCGUUGCAAGGCAGAAAUACCAAUCAAUCAAUAACAGCAACAAUAAUGAGAGCCCAGUGGCUUGGCACGCGUCAGAUCGUAUAGGUUUAUCAAUAUAUACAUAAUAAAUAUAUAACACUACACACUAUCUAUAUAAUAAUAUAUAUUUUGAAGUUCAUGUAAUUUAAUUAAAAUAAUGAACCUUAAAGAAAAACCAAAACAAUAAAAUUAAAACGAAAACAAAAACAUAUUCAAAAGAGCGAAUUGUAUUCAGAUAGAAGAAGAAGCAGUUAGUUAGAGAGAUAGAGAGAGAAAGCGUAGUAGUUAGUAGCUGGAGAAUCGCUUGCCAAUAUCUUUAUAGAGAACCACCCUAAAACCAACCUAAAAACCAAUCAAUCAACCAACCAACCAGCAAGCAAACGAGUUACCACGUCACCAAGUUAUUGCUUCUACUUGUUUUUAGUUCAUUUUAUGUUUAGUAGGUAAAUAUCUGUGUGCUCGUAACGAAUUUUGAAUUAAACUAUCAAAACAAACUACUUAACUGAGCAAUUUCAUAUUUUUUACUUUGUAUUUUGCAAUAAAAUGAAAUUAUUCAUAAUAAUAACAUUAAA